AUGUUGGCAAGGAUGCAGAGAAAGGGGAACCCUCCUACACUGUUGGUGGGAAGGCCAGCUGGUGCAGCCAGCCCCUCCCCCAGGAGACUAUUGCAGUUGGCCAUCCCCUACUCCUCCAUAACCCUGUACAACCAAAAGGCCAUGAUCAAAAAUGCCAGUUUGUCAGAGGAGAUGCAACAGGACUCUGUGGAGUGUGCUACUCAGACACUGGAGAAAUAUAACAUAGAGAAAAACCUUGCCACCCACAUUAAGAAAGAGUUCAACAGGGAGUACAACCCCGCCUGGUACUGCAUUGUGGGGAGGAACUUUGGUGUUAAUGUGACGCAUGAAACCAAACAGUUCAUCUACUUCUACCUGGGCCAAGUGACCAUUCUUCGAUUCAAAUCUGGUUAA